CUCCGACUCCAGAGACGAGCAGCAGCAGCAUGGGCGGGUCCGCAGCCGCGCGCAGCUCCGAGAUGGAGCUUGGCACCGAGUCCAUCUCGAUGGGACUACACUCGUUCGAAGACAUCAUGGACACGGACUGGGAAGGCUACAUCUGGAAGCAAGGCCAUGUCGUGCGCAACUGGCGCAACCGAUAUGCAGUCCUCUCGGGCACGUGCUUCACCUACUACGCCUCCAAGGAGGCCGCGUCCGCGGACCUUGAAAAGUACAAGGGCCGCGUGACCGUCACCGGCGCCAAGAAGGACCCGAGCCGCAGCAAUGGCUUUGUCGUAACGACCUCGAUCGACAAGCUCUUUACCAUGUACACCAAGACGCCGAUCGAGACCGAGCUCUGGAUCCGCAUGAUUGAAAAGGCCGUUCAGAACGAAUACAUGCACUCGACGCUGCUGCCGCCAGCGAUGCCCGACACGGUCGGCGAACUCUCGGCCACGCAGCCGCUGCCGUCGUCGCUCAUGACGCUUACCGGCAACAAUUUGAGCUUGAGCUUCAACGGCCGCACGAGCAACACGGCGAUGAACGCGUCGCAGGCUGGAAGGCUCUCGCUCGGCAGCGCGCUGCCGUACAAUGGCCGCCUCUCGGUGAGUACCGCGAGCUUCAGCGCGGCCAUGGCGCCGCCGUCGAUCCGGUCGUCGAUCGACUGGAAGAAUCGGAACGUGUCGACGACGACCCACUUUUACAACCUCUGGUCGACGUGCAUCUCCAACUACGAGCGCAAGAUGCAGGAGCCAAGCACGCUCUGCAACGAGCUCCUCGCGCUCUUCCCGCUCUGCUCGAUGGACGUGGUCGCGAGCCUGCACUUCCCCGUCCCAUUCAUGCCGUCGUCGGUCUUCUAUGGCCGCGAAGGCCUUGUCGACAUGAUGUUUGGCCUCGCGCAGUGCGUCUCGAUCGCCGACAUGAGUGUCCACCGCGUGCUCCUGAGCUCGCGCCCGAACGUCAUCCUCGCGUCUGGCCGGAGCAAGCUCACGAACCGCCACCUGAAGAAGACGUUCGACUGCGAAUGGAAGGACGAAGUCACCUUGUCGCCGGGCGGCCGCGUGCUCAGCGUCAAGAUGUACAUGGAGGUCGAUCCGCAAGCGUUCUUCACGUCCGACUCAGACGAACGCGUCUCGCGCCUCAAGCAGAGUCUCCGCGCGACCGCGACCAAGCGCGUCUUGUCGCUUUCCAUGCAGCACUUUACCGUCAAAAAGGUGCUCGGCCAAGGCACGUUUGGCACGGUUGUUCUCACGGAGCGCAAGACGACGGGCGAGAUCUUUGCCAUCAAGAUCCUCGACAAGAACUCGAUGUCGACGUACGACAAGGUCCGGACGCGCACGGAAAUGCGCAUCCUCCGCGACGUGUACCACCCGUUCAUUGCGCCGCUGCGGUUUUCGUUUCAGAGCAACUCGCGCGUCUUUCUGGGCAUGGAGUACUACCCUGGUGGCAGUCUCUACGUGCACAUGAACAAGUUUUCGGAAGACGGCGACCAGCGCAUCAAGCUGCCAAUUGACAUGGCGCGGAUCAAGUUUUACGCCGCGCAGCUGGUCCUCGCCUUGUGCCACUUGCACGCGUGCGACAUUGUGUACCGCGACCUCAAGCCCGACAACAUUAUGCUCGACAAGGACGGCAACGUGGCGCUGGUCGAUUUCGGCCUGAGCAAGACCAACGUCCGGUCGCUCGAGGGCGCGCGGACGAUGGCGGGGUCGCCGGCGUACACGGCGCCCGAGCUCCUCAAGCCCAAGCGCAACCGUGAGUACGGCAAGGCGGUCGAUUGGUGGUGCCUCGGGAUCCUCUUGUACGAGAUGAUGUUUGCCCGCCGGCCGUUCCACCACCCGAACGUCUCGGUGCUCUACCGGCUCAUUGACAAGGACCCGGUCAAGUUUCCGAGUCGCCUCCCGAUCGCGCACGAGGCCAAGUCGCUCAUUGUGGGCCUCUUGGAGAAAGACCCGACGAAGCGCCUCGGCGCCCACCACGCGUCGGACAUUCUCGUGCAUCCGUUCUUCAAGGGCGUGGCGUGGGACCAGGUGCUCAAGAAGAAGAUUACGCCGCCGUGGAAGCCUGACACGAGCAAGGAGCUGCCAACGUCGCGCCGCACCAACACGGACCUCGGGCGCAUCGUCCAGAGCAAGACGCCGGCGGCGACCGCGUCGAGCUUCUUCAACAUUUUUGGCUGGCGACCGAUGGAGACGCUGGCGCGCCGCCAAGAGAAGCUCCAGGCGCAGCAGCAGAGCAUGCAAAACGCUUUGGCCACUUUAGCUACGUCUGCGACUCGACGCCGUCGUUCCUUGUCGACGAAGACGAGAUGCUCGACUCUGCGUUUAGCGGCCGGCGAAGCGUUCAACUCGAAGCGCUCGCGAUCGAAGCAUGAUCGACUCGUACAACCUCACUUUUCCUAUUGA